UCUAGCUGGUUUCCGGUGAGCGGAAGGUGCUCGAUUAUCAGCAGUAGCGGAGGAAUGGCUGGAGACACGGGCCUGUGAUCCACACGCCCGACACUCACCUCAACUCUACGACAGUCCGGAAAGCCGCGCGGAGAGAAGAGAAGCGCGUUUCAUUGCGUUAUCGAUCAGACUGAUCUGCGCGAGUUUCACGAUGUCCAGCAGCGGCUUCGCGUCACAGAACGGCGCUGGAGCGACUUACGCUAACGGUCCGUCGCAGAAUCCAGUUGCACUUUACCCCACAAAUCAGGGCUACAUGGCACCACCUCAGCCAGGAUACCUGAAUGCUAUGCCAGCCAAAGAGCCGACGCCACCCGCGCCAAGCUACUACAACCCCAGCCGGCAGCAGCCAUCACCAGUCGCUAUGUUCCAGCAGCCCUUGUCCCUGCCGGCAUCUCCCAACCACAGACCAGCCCUGGUCCCGCCCACACACACCCCACCGCUGGCCAAUAGCUUCUACCAGCACCCGCAGCAGCCACCCAGCUGGCCUCACCCUGCAGUGAACCAGGCGAGUCCCGCUCCGAGCCCAGCGCCUCCACAGCCCUACAACACAGGAACCAGCACGCCUCCUGUCUUCCAGAACACUAUGCAGUCUCCCGCACUGGUGCCACCAUACUCCUCUCUGAACAACGCUUAUAUGCCUGCAGCACCUGCAGUGAACGUUGUGGCCCAUCAGUCCUUCGGCCCUCCACAAGCAGCCCUGAGAGGAACUUUACCCCCCUCCGGACCACCACCACCACCCCUCGCCACACACAGCGAUGGACCAUAUUCAGCUCAACCAGGAGCAAUGAACAGGCCAAUGGGCACUGCUUACCCCUCACUGCAGCCCGCUUACCAGAGUGUGCCUGCGCCACAGAAACCAGCACACAUGCAGCCUGCAGCGCAGCCGUACAGCACAGCAGCUCCACAGCAAUACCAGCAGCCAUCUGUGAGCACGGCUCAGCUCAGUCCAUCUUUAGCAGCAUUAAAUCUGCAGUCAGAGAUGCCUGAGGCCCUGAGGGUGGUCAACCUUCUUCAGGAGCGCAACCUGCUUCCUCCCGGAGCGGUGACGCCACCCACCCCCUGCCUGCCGCAAGACUUGCAAAGACUCAACUGCAGCCCAGAGGUGUUUCGCUGUACAUUGACCAGCAUCCCUCAGACUCAGUCUCUGCUGAAUAAAGCCAAGCUUCCGCUCGGCCUGCUGCUGCAUCCAUUUAAAGAUCUCUCUCAACUGCCUGUGGUGACGUCCAGUACUAUCGUGCGUUGCCGCUCCUGUCGCACAUACAUCAACCCGUUUGUUUCCUUCCUGGACCAGAGGAGAUGGAAGUGCAAUCUGUGCUACAGAGUCAAUGAUGUUCCAGAAGAGUUCAUGUAUAAUCCAGUGAGCAGAUCGUACGGAGAGCCGCACAAAAGGCCAGAAGUUCAGAAUGCGACCAUUGAGUUCAUUGCCCCAUCAGAGUACAUGUUGAGACCGCCUCAACCUGCUGUUUAUCUCUUCAUCCUGGACGUGUCUCACAACGCCGUGGAAACCGGAUAUCUGGAUGUGGUCUGUCAGUCUCUUCUCGACAACCUGAACUCGCUUCCUGGAGACACUCGGACGAAGAUCGGCUUCAUCACGUUUGACAGCACCAUUCAUUUCUACAACCUGCAGGAAGGACUUUCACAACCUCAGAUGCUCAUCGUGUCGGACAUUGAAGAUAUGUUUCUACCAACACCAGACAGCCUUCUAGUCAACCUCAACGAAUGCAAAGAGUUAGUUCAGGAUCUGUUGAGGAGUUUGCCACAGAUGUUCAGCAAGACGAUGGAGACUCAGUCAGCUUUGGGUCCAGCGCUGCAGGGUGCAUUUAAAUUACUGUCGCACACCGGAGGGCGAGUGUCAGUGUUCCAGACUCAACUGCCAGCGGUGGGCGCCGGAUCGCUGAAGCCCAGAGAUGAACCCAGUCAAAGAGCUGCUGCAAAGGACAUCCAGCAUCUGUCUCCUGCGACUGAUUUCUAUAAGAAACUGGCUCUGGACUGCUCUGGUCAGCAGAUCGCUGUGGAUCUCUUCCUGUUGAGUGCUCAGUACUGUGAUCUUGCCUCUCUGGGUUGUAUAUCCAGAUACUCGGCAGGAAGUGUGUAUUAUUACCCGUCCUAUCACAAUCAUCACAACCCUUCACAGACAGAACGCUUCCAGAAAGAUCUCAAGAGAUAUUUGACACGCAAGAUCGGCUUCGAGGCUGUCAUGAGGAUACGCUGCACUAAAGGUCUGUCCAUACACACUUUCCACGGCAACUUCUUCGUCAGGUCGACAGAUCUGUUGUCUUUGCCGAAUGUGAAUCCUGAUGCUGGCUUUGCCGUUCAGAUGUCUAUCGAGGAGAAUCUUCUGGACAUGCAGGUGGUGUCGUUCCAGGCCGCUCUGCUCUACACCUCCAGCAAAGGCGAGAGGCGGAUUCGCGUGCACACGCUGUGUUUGCCGGUGGUCAACUCUCUGUCAGACAUCUUUGCUGGUGCUGAUGUUCAGGCCAUCGCUGCUCUGCUUGCGAGCAUGGCGGUUGAUCGUUCAGUAAGCGCCAGUCUGAGUGACGCUCGAGACGCUUUGACAAACGCAGCCAUCGACUCCCUGACAUCUUACUGCACAUCAGUGCUGACUAUACAACAGCCUGGACUUCUCGCCCCCGCCUGUCUGCGCCUGUUCCCACUCUACAUUCUCGCCCUACUCAAACAUAAAGCAUUUUGCACAGGCACCAGCACCCGACUGGAUGAGCGUGUGUUUGCCAUGUGUCAGUUGAAGUACCAGCCACUGGCGUACCUAAUGCUCAUGGUGCAUCCAGCCCUGUACCGCAUGGAUAACCUGACAGAUGAGGGGGCGCUGAACAUCAACGAGCGCACCAUCCCUCAGCCAAGAGUGCUGCAGCUGUCUGUGGAGAAGCUGAGCAGAGAUGGAGCGUUCCUCAUGGAUCAUGGCAUGGUCCUGUAUCUCUGGAUCGGAAGAAAUUGCAACCCAUCUUUUCUCACGCAAGUGCUGGGAAUACAAAGUUAUAUAGCUCUUCCUCAAAACAUGAAGCAGCUUCCAGAGUUGGACACAGCAGAAUCUUCCAGAAUUCGAGCUUUCAUUGAUUGGCUUAGAGAACAGCGUCCGUUUUACCCCAUCCUGCAUAUCAUCAGAGAUGAGAGUGAACUGAAGGCCGAGUUCAUGCAGAACAUGGUUGAGGAUCGCACCGAAUCUGCGCUCUCUUACUACGAGUUCCUGCUUCACCUGCAGCAGCAGGUCUCCAAAUGAGCAGUCCUGACACACCACAGCAGUAUUCAUGAGGAAACGCACUCGAAUCCAGCGCUGACGGCCCCGUGUUGCUUUCACUGAGGAACGAGAGAUGACAUGAAAUCAAAUAAAGCCUGCACUCACUGAUUGUUUAUCUGGAAUAUUCAUGUGAACUGACUGUGUUGCAUACCGAACGCAGUCGCACAAUAAAGUCGUCUGUGUCUCACACUAAAGGUUCUGUGCAGGACUGUUGCUUGCUCUCUUCGAUUAGAGCGGACACACCAGUGACAUGAAAGUUUGAUGCAGAAGUUUCAUAUUCAAAGAUCAGGUUUCAUUGAAGUCAUUAUUGUGUCUGACUGGAGUCUCUACACAGUUCUUUAGGUGAUUGAAUCAUUUGUAAUUUAUUGACUUUUACUAAAAUACUAAAAUGUUAGGGAAAGCAAUUUCUUCAGCCUAUAAUUAGUGACGUUACCAAUUCAUUCUCACACUUGUCUGUUAAGAUUUAAAGUUUCUUUAAGUUGUUUUAAUUUAUGAGAAUCACAGUUCAGUUUAAUUCAAUAUUUGCUUUAAAUGUUAGUCUUCUUAUUGGAAAAUCUGUUGAAAGAAAUACUUUGUAAGUAUGUAAUGUUUGAUUAGGACACUCGACAUUGUGAUCUUUAUGAUAAACAUGUAUAUUGAUAAACCUACAUUAUAUUGAAAAGAUGGUUGAUUUUAGUAUGAGCAUUAUUCAGAUGAUAUGAUAUUAAAGAAAUAAAAUGUGUGGGACUUUUAAAGGUUUUUUGUUGUUGGUAAUGGAAGACAUUUACACAUUUUCUGUUUAAGAUGAUUUGGGCAAGAUGAUCAAAUGCAUAUGACUGUGGAGGAAUAUUUGGCAUAUCAUUUUCAUAUAUUUCAUAAGUGUGUUUUGCAAUGUUUAAGCCUAAAGAAGAAUGUUUAUUCAGCUUUCUCUGCAAAUAAUAUUUACCUUAUUUACUUUUUCAAGAUAUUUACUUUUAGAGCUAGUUAUGAAUUAAGGUAAGACACAAAAAGUAGUACUCAAUAAUUGCUCUUUGAACCCUUAAUCUUGAUAUUUGCAAAUUUGUUUGUCUGAUAAUCUAGUUAAUAAAUCAGUCUUAAUUUAUUUGUUCAAUCCAGUUGUUUCUGCUGCAAUAGUUUGGCUCAUUUUAUCAUACAAAAACAAUUGAGUUUUGAGAAAAUAUUUGUAAAUUGUCAACCAUUUAUACAUGUAAACUUUCUGAAAGGUUUGAAUCAUUAAAGAGUUGGUCUCUUAUGAGCUGUGCUGAACAGCUGCUC